AUGGGGAGGGGGGGGGCAAGAGACAGACAUAGACGCCUGUUUAUCGACGGCUGUGUCGCCGCUCUGUCUCCUGACCCGAGAUCAGCCCCCAGAUACUACUUUAUCGAAAACCAUGGGUGCUUCAAUGAUGCCAAAGAGGAAGGAUCAAAUGCACUUUUCAAUCCCAGAACAAGAUCUUCUUCUCUUCAGCUGCAGCUCGAUGCCUUCCUGUUUCCCCAGGACACAAGGAACUCAAUUUUUAUCACUUGCCAGCUGAAAGCGACCUCUGAAAUGCGGAAGAGCAGCCCCGUCAACAAGGCCUGCAAUUAUAUAAAUUCAAGAUGGAUAAAUGUCGAUGGCAGUGAUGAUGUGUGUCGAUGUUGCGACGAUACAUGCUCCAGCAACUCUCCCACCGGUCAAACAAACCUCGGAAGUCUGAUCCCUGAAGAUUUGGUGGCACGUGAAACUGUUACUCUGGGCCCUUUGAUGGUUUUGCCAUACAAAUAGGCGAAGCAUAACAAUCCAGACAAUAAAGGAUUAAAUAUUUGUCUAUCAAUCUCACCCUCCCUGACCAAACUUCAGCGUAAUACUUAUAGCUUAAUACUAGCAAAACGAUUAUUUUAAUGAUUGUUUAGUAAGGAAUGUUUAUACAACAUAAACAUUAAAGAAACAAUGAUGUUUAGUCUUUACUGUUAAUACCUAACAUGGCUCUAAACAAAGCCACACAACUGGUCUGAUGAAACAUCCCCGUAAAUAAAAACAGAUUACACUGUAUGAACAUUAAAUGUUGCUGUCAGGAUAGACACGUAUCAGUGUUUGAAAGAGGAAAAUAAAAUGUGAAUUUCUCUUACCUUCAAAAAGCUGAAUGAAAAUAAGAAUGCAUGCCAAGCUCGUCUUCAUGGCCUUUUCACUUAUGAACUCACUAAUAAAUACUAAAGCUGACUCACAUUGUACUCUUUCCUUCAGUCUUUGUGAGGUUUUGUGGACAGCCUCACUUUAUUUAUUGUUCUUCACCUCUGAGCAGGAAGGGGAAAUCAAAGCAAGAACAGCCGUUGAAACGCUGCAGUUGGUUUUGCACACACUGA